UCGUCAUUUUCAUGGUUUUUCUCAGUUUCAUUUUCGUGUGUGCUGUCAGCCCGUCCAACCCCCAUCCCAAGUCAAUCACCCGCUUUCAGACGUGCACACACUCCCCUCGUGCGGCUGGCCGUGGUGUGUAUCUUCCUAGUAUGCCCCAAGGACGUCUGAUGGGCGAGUGCGGGUGGAUCAAUUAUCCGAUGGAAAUCAUGGCCUAAUCCGACAGACGUCUCAUUUCCAUUGUCGCAGACGUGAGUUUCUGUGGUCAUGCCUGCCUCGAUCACGGAUGAGGCGUUGCGUUCACGCCUACAGAAGCACAACUAUCCCGUCCCGCCCAUUACAUCCUCCACCCGGUCGGUGUUGCUGAAGAAAUUGACCCAGUUGGACGCCCAAAACGGCCCUGCCAAGGCCAAAUCCGCGUCCAUUAGUGGCCGACGGGUCUCGAAUCGAUUGUUAGAAUACAGUUCGGCUGAAGAUGAGGACGAAGGACCACUGGGGGAGAAGGCCGUGAACACGGCCCGUCCCCAGAGACGGGUGUCCAAUAGCUCGAGGAAUGAGAAGAAGAACCAGAGUGCGGUUAUGAGGCCGGGGAAGGUGAAUGGACGCAGUCAACGCUUGAUGAACUAUAGCGAAGAUGAAGAAGAGAACGAGACUCAACCAAAUGGUCAGGACGACGAGGAAUCCGAGGAGGUCGAAGAGGAGGAAGAAGAUGAUGUAGAUGAAGAAGAGGGAGAAGAGGACGACGAUGACGAUGAGGAAGGGAGUGAAAUGGACAACGAUGGUGACGGACGAGUGGAUUUUGGGAUGCAAACCUCACCCGGUCUCGAUUCGACCAUGGAGCAUUCCACCCUCCGAUCCAACGGGGUUCAUUAUCGCGGGAAUCGCUUUGCAGCCAGCACACCUCUGUCCCCCCCUAAGAGCACGGCCGCUUUCAUGAACAAACAUGACACCCCCAAGUACUCGGUCGUCUCUCCCGGAUUGCGACGAACCAUUGCCUCCAAUUCCAAAGAUUUCGGAUCCUUGGGCGAGGCUUUGUCGACUUUGCCCGCGGGUUCGACCAAUUUAUCAUCCAACUCGUCCAACACCCGAAUGAAUAACUCUUCCGCGAACGGCUCCGUGGUCUCUCAAGUCUCGCGCUCGUCCAACCAUAACAACUCGAGUGGUUCCACCACCUCCAAUAACUCUCUAUUGGGUGGAGGCAAAUCCCUUUCCUCGUCGCUCAUCUCCAAGCUCAUCAUUGCCAGUGCUCUCGUGUUCUUUGUCAUUGUCGUGUUCAAGUACGUGAAUCUGAGGCCUUCGCCGAAUCUGGCAGAUCACAUUCCCAUCUGUGGAGUGGACCACGUGCUUCAAGUCUGUGUGGAUCAUCACGAUCGAGAGGAUGUCAUGAAACUCUUCCAAGACAUGCAAUCCAUUUUGUCCGAGCAGAGUGUCAAGUACCUUUGUCGCAACGAAUCGGAUUCGAUGCUAAUGUCGUUUUCCGACCUUACAGAGCAACUCAAAUUCAGCUCGCCAAGGUCGGAUUUAGAGCGCCUUUUGUCCAUACUCAUCGUGAUUCUAGUAGAAAAACCUAAUUGGGGCAUCCAAUUGUUGGAUGCCCAAGGUCAAGUGAUUAGCCAGCCCCAACAUUUAGACUCGCUUCUUCUUGCCAACCCGAAACUAGAUUGGGGAUGUUGGACCAGGUUAGCCCUAAAAGUGGUCUUCCAAUGGUUGGGAGUGGUCUCUGUCUAUGUUUUGGCCGGAUUGAUCCUGUUUGGCUUGAUAUACGGAUUGUACCGAUUGUACGUUUGGCGGAAAGAGCAAAAGCUUCAGGAGAACCAAGAGGUGUUUGAGCUCGUGGAACAGGUUCUUUCCCUCCUGGUGGCUCAACACCAAGUGAGUCGGAGCCAAGGACCUGGUGGAGCUCGUCCUUGGGUGCCCGUGAAUCACAUCCGAGACCAAUUGAUCCCACCUCAAGAUCGCGAGAAGAGACGGAAGAAACGCAUCUGGAGCGCCGUGGUCAAGUACAUCAACCAAUCCGAAUCUCGAGUCCGGGUUGAUGUACAGAAAGUGUUCGCCGAGGAGCACGCUGUCUGGCAAUGGCUGCCCGACAUCCAAUGGAGUCCCAUGAACCAACAUGGCCCUAACCCUUAUCUUAGUCCACAUUCAUCCUUCGUGCACACUCCGCCGGCCUCGCCAAUGCACAACUUGCCUCCAGUCUCGACCACGCCCCAAUGGCAGGGGUCGGCCUUCAGUGUGCUCAACCGAAAUGUGGCUUCGCCGGCCGUGGCUCCCACUAGCUGUGUGAAAGUGCGACACAUGUUCGAUUCUACCGUUCAAAAAUCCGGACCCGGUUGGGUGUGGCAGGUGAAAGAGGAGAUUUUGCGGAGAUGCGCCAACCAGGCCAAGAUUUAUCACGUGGCCGUGGAUAAAGAGAGCCACGAGGGGUGUGUGUACAUCAAGUGUGGGUCCACGGAUGACGCUGGCUCAGUGUUCAAGACCCUACACGGACAAUGGUACCGCGGCCACCUUGUAACCGUGAAGUAUCUCCGAGAGGAGCGAUACCACGAGCGAUUCCCAGAUGCACGUUUCCAGAAGAAUCCUUUGAAACCCCAGACCUAAUAUGAUGCAACAACCAUUGGGCGGAAUAUUGGUUCGAAUAUUCCCUUCAUCCUACCAUUAGUACCUGAAUGACGUAUAUGUUUCCCGACUUCCUUCCUUUGCUAAGAGCAACUCGACACAUCGAUGUCGAUGUUCAUCAUAACAUAUAAAUGUCUGUUUGUCCCCCAUCCAUCUCUCUUUAUCCCAUUUUCCCUUAUUGGCGGAAACGUUGAGUGGAGAGAUUGAACCCGUUUUGGAAAGAACACUGUCAUUUUGCACACUCUUAUAACUAGAGACACAGGGAAAUGCAUUCGCCAUCUUCGUGUUUUUCUCGUUCCGUUUCUCGUUCAAAGGAUGUCCCUUUCCGAUCAUCAACUAACACGUAAUGAUAAGUAUGAAGACGAACAAAGAACGAUAUGCAUUGAAAUGGCAUAUGUACCUGAUUUUCGAUGGACUUUCGCCUCCCCUACUCUCUUAAGAAAAGGAAAUUGUACAAAUGAACACUCAGUUGUUUACUAUGUAUUCUAAACCACGAAAAUAAAUCAUCCCUAACCAAGUUAA